AUGCCCGGCAGCCAGGCGCGGUGGGCACAGCGGCUCGGGGCUUGCCUGCCCUGCUUGGCUCUCAGCCUGCUGCCCCUGGCGGUGCCCUUCAGCGGCGCUGCCCACGGGGGGUGCCCUGCUCCGGCUUGUUACUGCGUGGCCACCCCGCAGCUGGCGCAGUGCCGCUACGAGAGGUUGGCAGAGCUCCCCCGGUGGGUACCGCCUGGCACCCGCAACCUGAGCAUCAGCGGCGGCGACCUCCGCGUCCUGCCCCGCGCAGCCUUCCGCUCCUCGCCCGCGCUGCGCCUGCUGCGCCUGACCCGCGACAACCUGCGCGACAUCGAGGGGCAGGCGCUGCAGGGGCUGCCCGCGCUGGGCACCCUCGACCUCAGCCACAACCCCCUGCGCAGGGUGGCACCGGCGGCCUUCCAGGGCGCUCCGCUGCUGCGCACCCUGCGCCUCAACCAGGCGCUGCUGCCCGCCCCGCUGGAGGAGCAGCUGGCCCUGGCCCUGCGCAACCUGAGCCUGCGGCGCCUGGAGCUGUGCGGCAAUGCCCUGUCCGGGCUGCCCCUGGGCAUGGUGCCCGCGGGGCUGGAGGAGCUGGACCUGCGCAACAACUCCCUGCGGCGCCUGGCGGGCGCGGAGCUGCGCCGCUUGGACUCGCCGGGGCUGCGCAGGCUGCGCCUCAGCCUGGCGGCGAACCCCUGGAGCUGCGACUGCCUCCUGCGCCCCUUCCUGGGCUGGCUGCGCGGCGCCGGUGCCCGCGUCCCGGACGCUCGCAGCCUGCGCUGCGCGGGGCCGGCGCCGCUGCGCGGGGUUGCGCUGCUGCGCCUGCGGCCGGAGGCGCUGCCCUGCCCCUCGGCGCAGCGCCUGGACACCGCUUCCUACGUCUUCUUCGGCCUCGCCCUGGCCCUCAUCGGCCUCGUCUUCCUCGCCGUGCUCUACCUGAACCGCGGCGGCAUCGGGCGCUGGCUGCGCAACCUGCGCGAAGCCUGCCGCGACCAGAUGGAGGGAGACCGGUACCGGUACGAGCGGGACCCCGCGCCCGGCCCCGCCGACGCCGGCCUCUGACCCGCCCCGCCGCAUGCCCCGCGGGACCCCGGCCCCUGGCAUCGCCCCGCCCUGCGCCCGGCCCCUGGCAUCGCC